CCUCAUUCACCGUGACAACGUGAAUGCGUGGUAAUUUCGUGUUCUGAGUCACCGAUUUUCUCGGCGGCGCGCAUCUACGCAAUGAGGCGCGUCGCUUGUAACUACGGAGCGCUACUUUGUGGACGUCCGGCGCUCGUUAGUGGUGGAUGUGAGAGUGGUAUGAGGGGUCAAAGGACGCGCUUGGCGACGCCGUGGUAUGGUUGUGGCUUGGGAAGAGACGGUGAUUGGAAUUGCUGCCUGAGGAUGAGUAAACUGAACAAUGAAUAGGGACGAUCAUGAUUACGGUGACGAUGUUGGCCUGAGGAUGUAUAAAAAGGAGCGAAAGCUACGGAGUUGCAGAUAGUCAUCUCCAUUCUUUUUGGGAAUCCUUAUCUGAAUAUCGCCUUAGGAACCAAUCCUCAAAAUGUCUGACGAAAACUGUGCAAAGGAAUGGCCAAUUCCACCAAUUGGUAGUCCCUGCUGGAUCGAAGUCAUGUCUGAGAAUCCCCCAAAACUGAAGGAGUUUUAUUCUGCCUUGUUCCCUUCAUGGGAAUUCAAGCCGGGCACUAAGGACCAUCCAGAGUCUGAGGUCGCCAUGUUCGAGUUCCAGCAACCGAAAGGUCUUUCGGGAGGCAUCGUGAAGCUACCCGAGGGAUGCAAACGUAGCGAGCACCCCCAAGGCGUCGGCUUUACCAUCUAUUGCUAUGUUACAGAUCUUGAAGCGACGGAGAAGCAGGUGCAUGAGCUUGGUGGAACCACAGUAUUGGGAAAGACGAAGGAGGGCAAUCAUGGGUGGUUCAUGAACUUCAAGGACCCUGAAGGGAAUAGGUUUGCUGCUUAUACUAUGGCCAAGUGAGGAUCCAAGUAGAUAUUUAUGCCGUUUGCCGCGAAGUCUUUUUUCAAUUGAUACUGUUACUGGAGGCGUAUGAUGUUAGUGAAAGCCCAAAGUUUCGGUAUCAGAAGUGGCCCAAAAGAUACAUUGACAAUUGAAACGAAUCUUCAGUCGAUGAAAAUGCUGGCAUUGAAUGAAGAUGU